AUGGGAUGGAGGGACCUUCGGACGGCCAUCCUCCAUCGCUUCAGCCGGUCCGGGGAAGGGGACCCUACUGAGAGGUUGAUGGCACUCCGGCAGAGCGGAACGGUAGCCGAGUUCCGAGAUUCUUUUGAAGCGUUGGCGGCGCCGAUGAGGGGCAUUCCGGAAUCGGUGUUCAAGGGAGCAUUUCUCAACGGACUUCGAGAAGACAUCAGGGCAGAGGUAAAAUUACACAGGCUCAUUAACUUGCAAGAAGUCAUGGACUUGGCCCAACAAAUUGAGGCACGGGAUGAUGCGGUGGAGAGGAUGAAGAAGCUGAGAUUGGGCCGGGGAAAUAAGGGGGAGUACUUGGGCCAGCCAAGCUCAGGAUGGCUGAACCCUAGUUCCUCUUUGGGCCCAGCAGAGAACCCCCUUCGAUCCAAUACCUACAGAGAGGGUGCCACGGCAGCCAAGGCCCGCACGUGGUCUUCUCCUUCGUCGCAGCACGCACCGAGUGGGGACUCCAAGUUCCGCCGCUUAUCUGAAGAGGAAGUUCAACAGAGGAGAGCUAAGGGCCUAUGCUUCCGAUGCGACGAGCGUUUCAGUCCGGGACACCGCUGCAAGAACUGGCAGCUUCAAGUGCUCCUGGUGGUGGAGGAUGGGACAGAGGAAGACGAGGAGUCCAGUGAGGAGGAUGAUUCGACACCGGUGCAAGGGGGAGGGGUGACAACCGAAGCAGCGGCGGUGUCUCUGAACUCGAUGCGUGGAUUGGUGUCCUCUAAGACCAUGAAGCUGCGGGGCUUCUUGGGUUCGCGGGAGGUCAUCGUCUUAAUUGACAGUGGCGCCUGCCACAGUUUUAUAUCCUUGUCGUUGGUGGACGAAUUGGCCAUACCCACUGAAAAGACACCCAACCAUGAGAUUCAAGUGGGCAAUGGAAGGACUUUUAGACAACAGGGGCGCUGUCGGAAUGUAAGGCUGGAAAUUCAAGGCCAUGAAUUGGUCGAGAAUUUUUUUCCGUUUGAGUUAGGGAGCGCCGAUGUCAUCUUGGGCGUCACGUGGCUAGGCACGUUGGGCGAAGUCCGGGCCAACUGGUCGGAAUUCACAAUGAAGUUUAAAAAAGGGAGGGAUUGGGUUCACUGGAAGGGCGAUCCCGCCUUGUGCGUCACACCGGUAAGUUUUCGAUCCUUGACUCGUUCAUUUCAUUCUACCGGGGUGGGGUUGCUGUUAGAACUACAAUCCAGUUUGGCUGAAGAAUUGACUGCGGAGGAAGAGCCUCUGGAACUACGGGCGGUACUCGCCCAUUUUGAGGCAGUGUUUGGGGUUUCAACCCGGCUUCCGCCACAGCGUGCGCACGACCACCGUAUUGUCCUCAAGGAUCAGACCGCACUACCAAAUAUCCGUCCCUAUCGAUACCCGCAAAUACAGAAGGCGGAGGUGGAAAAGUUGAUAGAUGAGAUGUUGGCGGCAGGAAUAGUUCGUCCAAGCUGCAGCCCAUACUCCAGUCCGGUGUUGUUGGUCAGAAAAAAAGACGGGAGUUGGCGUUUUUGUGUUGAUUACCGCGCCCUUAACCAGGUUACAAUCCCGGAUAGAUUUCCAAUUCCGUUAAUAGACGAACUAAUGGAUGAGUUGCACGGGGCUAAGAUAUUUUCCAAGUUAGACCUACAGGCUGGCUACCACCAGAUACGGGUUCGCGACUGUGAUGUGGAAAAAACGGCAUUCAGGACUCAUGAGGGGCAUUACGAGUUUCUCGUCAUGCCCUUCGGCCUCACGAACGCUCCUGCCACAUUUCAAGCCCUCAUGAACUCGGUUUUCCGGCCCUACCUCCGCCGAUUCGUUUUGGUUUUUUUUUAUGACAUUCUUAUCUACAGUAAGAGUUGGGAGGAACACCAAGAUCAUUUGUCCGCAGUCUUGGAAGUCCUCGAGCGGGAACAGCUGUUUGCCAAUCGCAAAAAGUGUGCCUUUGGCCGUCCGAGCUUGGAAUACUUGGGGCACAUCAUCUCGGAAGAAGGAGUGGCAGCCGACCCUUCAAAAAUCCAGGCCAUAAGCACUUGGCCACCCCCUCGGACAAUACGUGAACUUCGCGGAUUCCUCGGCUUAGCGGGGUAUUACCGUAGAUUUGUGGUAGGGUUUGGAGAGCUAGCGCGUCCGCUGACUACAUUGCUGAAGAGGGUGCCUUUAAAUGGUAGGCGGAGGAAGACCAGGCGUUUGCCACACUAA